AUGGGUCUGGGGAAACUGCUGCUCUUGUUCUCUAGGUUCUUUGUGAUCCUAUUUUUGCAGUUUUCUCUCUCUGAGUAUCACAUGGAGAAGAGUCUUUGUUAUCUAGAAAGACCUUACACUCCCACCUAUAGAAAAGAAGGGGACCUAGUCAUAGGGGGCUUCUUCUCCUUGUAUUUAAAGGUGGAGGUAACAUAUAACAAGUUUCUCUUCCAAAGUCCUCCCCUCUGGAUUGCUCCAGACCAAAAGGUACUACGAAAGUAUUACCAACAUAUCCUCGCUUUCCAGUUUGCUGUGGAUGAGAUCAACAAGAUGCCCCAUUUGCUGCCGAACAUAACCUUGGGUUACCAGUUGCUUAAUAACUUCCUUCGAGACAGAGUAGCUGUGGAAAGCUCCUUGAUAUGGCUGUCAGGGAUGGGUCCAACUAUCCCUAACUAUAGCUGUGGCAAAGAGCAAAAUUCAGUGGCUGUCAUUGGAGGGAUGACAUCCAAAUUGUCCAUGGCCAUGGCCACCAUUCUCAAACUUUAUAAAGUUCCACAGAUCACCUAUGGACUAUUCGAUCUUCUCCUGACUGAUAAGGUCCAGUAUCCAUAUAUCUAUCAGAUGGGCAGGAGGGAAUCCACUCUUCACCUUGCAUUCAUCCAACUGAUGCUCCAUUUUGGCUGGACUUGGGUGGGACUGCUUAUUUCAGAUAAUGAGACAGGGGAAAAUUUCUUCAGGGUUCUGAAAGGAGAGAUGGACAGGAAAGGUCUGUGUGUGGCUUUUAAGGAAAGAGUGCUCACAAUGCAUGACACUAAUGAAUAUUAUGAAAUCACUGCUAAGGUCGCUGCAUCAUCAUCCACUGUGAUUUUCGUCUAUAUAGAUACAGACUCCCUUCAACAACUUGCUAAUGCAUUCACUGUGUAUCCAGUUUAUGGGAAGAUACUUGUUGCCACCACUGCUUGGGAUAUUGCUUUUGAUGCCAGCGUCGAAGUGCUUACCCAUUUUCAUGGUACAAUACUAUUUUCUCAUUCCCAGACUGAGAUUCCUGGUUUCCCAGAUUUUCUAAGAAGCCUGAAUCCCAGAGUGAACUCUGAGGACAUUUUCCUAAAGACCUUCUUUGAGUCAGUCUUUAAUUGCAAAUUUUCAGAAAAAAGUCAUAUAGAACUGUCAUAUAGUAUAUGCCCAGAAGGCCUUUCCUUGACAGCUCUACAUUUUAAAAAAUUUGACAAGAUCAUUAUGGAACUGAGUUCUAAUGUUUACAAAGCAGUAUAUUUAGUGGCCCAUGCUCUCCAUCAAAUGCUCCAUUCAGAGCCAAAAGAGACCUCAGAAGUUGGAAGUAUCCCAGAUCUUUCUUGGAAGCUCCACCACCUUCUGAAGUGCACCAGUCCCAUCAGUGGUGCCAGGGAUGAGUCAUGUGGAGAUGGAGCCAGGAAGGCUAUUGAAACUUAUGAUAUCCUGAAUUAUAAAUACUUCGUUCAUUGGAAUGAGAUGAUGGUGAAAGUGGGUGAAGUGAGCCCUCAUGACCAGCAAUUCAGCAUUAAUGAAGAAGACAUAGAUUGGCCAGAAGAGUUCUCUGAGACUCCAGCUUCCGUGUGCAGCCUGAGCUGUGGCCCUGGAUUCAAGAAGACAGUCCUUGAAAGCAAACCUGUCUGCUGCUUUGAUUGCACCCAAUGCCCUGAAGGGCAGUUUUCCAAUCAGACAGAUGCAGAGCAGUGUCUGUUGUGCCCUGAAGAUCACUACCCAAGCAGGGAGAGAGAUCAAUGCUUCCCCAAGACUGUGACCUUCCUGGCAUAUGAAGAACCUCUUGGAAUGACUCUGGCCUGUGCAGCACUCUCCUUUUCCUUCCUCACAGCUCUGGUUCUUGGAGUCUUUGUGAAACACAGAGACACCCCCAUAGUCAAAGCAAAUAACCGCAGCCUCAGCUACACUCUUCUGGUCUCCCUCAGCCUCUGCUUCCUCUGUUCCUUGCUCUUCAUUGGCCGUCCUAAUACUGCCACUUGUCUCCUGCGACAAACCACAUUUGCAGUUGUGUUCACAGUGGCCAUUGCCUCCAUCAUGGCCAAAACCAUCAUUGUUGUUCUGGCCUUCAAGGCCACUAAGCCAGGGAGCAAGCUCAGGAGGUGGCUGAGCCCCACAGCAUCUUAUUCUGUCAUUUUGAUAUGUACUCUAUUCCAAAUAUGUCUCUGUGGCAUCUGGCUUGGGACCUAUCCCCCAUUUCUGGAGAUGGACAUGCAUAUGGAGCCUUCCUUCAUUGUUAUUCAGUGUAAUGAGGGCUCCAUCAUUGCCUUUUACUGUGUCCUAGGCUACAUGGCCUUGCUGGCCUUGGGGAGCUUCACCAUGGCUUUCUUGGCCAGGAAUCUGCCAGACACUUUCAAUGAAGCCAAGUUCCUGACCUUCAGCAUGCUUGUGUUCUUCAGUGUCUGGAUAUCCUUUCUGCCCACAUAUCAGAGCACCAAGGGCAAGGCCAUGGUGGUUGUGGAAGAGUUUUCCAUCUUGGCCUCCAGUGCUGGGAUUCUCAUUUGCAUCUUUGCUCCCAAGUGCUAUGUGAUCCUUCUGAGGUCAGACAGAAAUACCCUGGAGAUAUUGAACAAGAAAACUAAUCCCUGA